AUGCCUGCAUCAUAUAGCGAUAUAACGCCAUGGGUAGAAGUUGGUUGCCACAUCGGGGACCGUCAUCUCUUCGUAACUUUUUAUCCACUGUUCUCCUGUAAAUACUACUCAUAUGGUAGAAGAAAAGACGGGACGUUAGGAUCUGAACUUCCUUAUGCGGAGUCAGCCAAUGAUCAACUCAGUACUCUUAUCAUCACAUACAAGUCUGGUCGACCUCGAAGAGAUGAAAGGUUUGAUGCGUACCAGUACGUUUUCGAACCGUCGGUCGAUGGUGGAGACACUGCAGAAGUUCUUACUGACAGCCGGCCUAAACGUUAUGGAGCACAUUCCUCGCACAUUCAUGACCAUUUCGCCAUCCUACACCAUUUGCUCGUCAUUAACUUGGAAAUAUUCCGUCCAAGGAGGAGACAUCCAAGGACAGCGCAUCAAACGGUGGGAUCUGGAGGAUCGAAAGGAGGUAUUCUCCGCAUGCGUGGCUCCGUCUACACUCCCCCUCCCUACCCGUGGUGUGGAGGAAAUGUGGUGUCCUAUUUCCAGCGUCAUACGCUUGACCGCGGAGGACACUCUGGGAAAAACGACUCUAGGGUUCUCACCCCUGCUGUUCAUACUGUGCAUGGAUACGAUGAUGAAGGGAAUCCAGAAGCAGCAUCUGUGGACCCUACUCUUUACCGACGAUGUCAUGCUCGUGUCGGAGUCUCAAGUUUCAAGGUGAUCUUCGCAGUCUUGGAAGGAUCGGCUGCAGCAACAUGGAUUGCGCCUCGAUGUAUCAAAAACGAGUACAUGGGUACCGGACCUAAGAAGAUGGCUCAAUUCUCUUGGAAGGAUCGGCUGCAGCAACAUGGAUUGCGCCUCGAUGUAUCAAAAACUGAGUACAUGGAGUACGGACCUGGGAUAGAAGAUGGCUCAAUUCGUGACGAUGGCACCGAUUCACUUAAGCAACAUGGAUUGCGCCUCGAUGUAUCAAAAACUGAGUACAUGGAGUACGGACCUAGGAUAGAAGAUGGCUCAAUUCGUGACGAUGGCACCGAUUCACUUAAGGUGGACUGUUUUAAAACCCUUGAAUCCAAAGUGACUUUCACAGGCGACAUUGAUCAAGAAGGAUAA